GAGAGAGAGAGAGAGAGAGAACAAUAACAAUAAUAUUUUUAAAAAUAAUAAAUUAAUUGCAUGAAAGCCUUGUCCAAAAGGUCUCCGCCACGAGCCAUUUAAUACGGAACUACGGCUGAGCUGAAUUGAAACUCCGGACAUCACGCGUGUAAAAUAAAAACAUGAACCAAAGUAAACAUGGCUGAUUCGGAGACGGAUCACGAGAGUGACUGUCGAGAUCUCCUCAUCAAGCUGAAGAGGACCACGGAAGGUCUCCUGGCGGGCCAGUCUAUGCAGGGUGUGUGGGGCACGUACGGCGGGCUGAGACGUGUGUGCGACGACACCGAGGCCAUACUGGGCCAUCAUGUCCGGGAGGAUCAGGCCAGCAGCGCAUCGGAGGGCAACUACUGGGCUUUUGUGCAGGGGCUCAAGUGGCUGAGCCCGAGCCACGCGCCAAUCAUUGAGCGCCUCUCUCGACACACAGGGCGACAGCGGGGCCAAUAUGCCGAGGUCGGGAGGGCGUGGCUGCAGGACAGUGUGCAGGACCACUCCCUCAUCUCACAGCUGGACAUUCUACUGGCCAGCCCGGAGCAUCUGCAUACAUUCUACUACGACGAUGCGUUCCUUCGCCAGGAGGAGUAUGUUGCAGCCAUGAGGAUCUGCUUCCGGGCCAUAGAGCUCAACAAACCUGCGCUGCUCUCCGACAUCAACCCACAGCUGCUGCGAUCAGAUCGUCUGCCCGGGUCGCACCCACGUAGCUCCUCCCUGCCCCUCAGACAGCAGUCGCGAGCCGACGGCAAGUCCUCCUUUGUGCACCACCAACAUUCCUUCCCCUGCCCGGGGUCCGAACCCACACGCUACAGCAUGGGCAACAGGCUGAGUACGCGGCUGGAGGUGUCAUACACAGGUCUGGAGUUCAGCUCCACCCAGUCAUUGGCCUUUGACCCUGCCCUCUCGGGUUUAUUCGGCCCCAUCAACCAGAAGUCGCCCUCUGACCCCUACUUCCUCACCUCUGCCUUGACCGCUCCUCCGACCAGCGCUGGGGUCUUCUCCUCGACCGGUCGGGAUCAGGACACGGCUGAGAGCGUUGAGCAGACGGAGCCAUCGUCUAGUGAUGGCGGCCUACUCCACCCCAACUCCACAGCCGUCCCACCCUCCUCCUCUUCCACCUCCUCAUGUGGAGCCCUCCAACCUCCCUCCUCUUCCUCCGCCUCCUCAUCCGAGAUGCCUCAAGCGGGCUCCAACUCCAGUUUUGAGGACGUGACGAAUGAAGCGGUCAAACUUCUGCAACAAGGAAGUGGUCAGGGUGGAGCUAGUGACUCUCACCAGCCCUCAGUACAUUCCUCAGAACAAAACGAACCCCACGAGGAAUCCAGCACAUUAUCUGCGGCGUCUGCACAUUCCAGUUUCUCAGAGGUCGGUUCCGACAGUUUAGUUUCAACGAGCAUAGUGUCAGAACUGGGUCAAGGUGCUGGAUUCGAACAGCAGCCGUCUGAGCACGUCAGUACGUCCCGAUCAAAUUCUCUGAUUUCCGUGGGAAUUGAUGCGGAGGCUCUGAACCACGGUCUUGUGAAUGAACCGUUGACAGCUUCAAAAGUUUCUAACCUCGGUCCUCUUUCAAAUGGGGAUGGAACCUCUGCCUUAGGGAAUGACUCGCAGUCAGAACAUACGACGAACAAAGUGUAUUUCUCUCACGGGCAGCGUGCCAGCGUACCCUCAGUCUUUCCAGGUAUUUCCGACACUUCUGCCUUCCAGCACGACGGAAGUGAAACGAAACUAGCAGCAGUGAAAUCAGAUCCGAACCUAGCCUCCCGGGGUGACUCCCGGCUUUCUCAGAGAAGCAAACUGUCUGUCCCGUCGGCGGUCGGGCUGAGCCCUCUAUCUAUGGACACGGCCAGCGACUUGUACCAGACGACCUCACCUGCCGCCACCCCCUCACCGUCGCCGGGCGCUCUAAGCGACCGGAGUUCCCUCAGGUCGUCGGGUCUCGUCUACAUCCCCCCACCUCUGAGCAGAGGCACGUCCCUGGAGCGAGGGCUAUCCCUCCAAUCUGACAUCAGCAGCAAUUCUUCCGGACCGGGGGGUUCGAACACAGGUUCUUCCACCAGCAAAGCGGCCCACCCGCCACCCACGACCGCGACCCGCCGAAUGGGCCACAAGCGUUGGGUCUCAGACACUAGCGUCAUCCAGUUACAGUCUCCGGGGGAGGCCAGAGCUGUUGAAGCGGAGCCGGCCACUCGCACCACGCCCACCAACGGGCGCGGUCAGCGGGCCAGUGAGUCGGACACGGCUUCGGUACAGCCGGUUGGUGGGCACAGGAGCUCCGGGAACCGACGUACCAGGGGAGAAUGCCCACUUCCACAUAUCAGAAGCGUUGAUUGCAGCGUUUGAGUCAAUGCGAUGGAACAAGGCGAUGAAAAAACAGAGCUCAGGUCGACAUUCGUCGUCAUCGUCCAACUCGGACGAGGAAAUCCAGGAACUGAGGCAGCGCAUCCGUAUCCGCAAACAAGAAAAACUCAUGGAGAAAGGGCGGCCUUUCCCUGCACUCAGUGAUGGUCAGACAGACACUGCCACCAGUAGCCAGAGCGUGUCGUCCCACGUGGGCUCCUCGGCGGACGUCUCCUCGUUGUCCGGUGAGUACUCCUCUGUAGUGCUGUGCAAUGAUCCAUGUUCUCAUAGUAGUCGAUUACGAUCGAUUUCCAGAGGCGAAAAAAAAAACGACGAUCGAUUAAUCGGGGAAAAAAAUGGAGUUCUGCCUUUUACAGAGACUCUCAACUCUACCGUGCACACAGACUCUCCCUCGGUGGAUGAUACCUCCGAGUCUGGGGAUGAUGACGUGGAUCACGGCCAGAUAGACCUGAACAUGUCCUCGGACGCCCAGGGCAGUCUCCUGGCUCUACGCUCGGGCGGCCUCAGCCUCUCCAUGGCCUCCCUCUACUCAGAAUUGGAGAUUCAAAAAAGUAACCAGCAGUUGGAGAGAAACAGACAAGGCUGAGGGGUAACCUGGAGUGGGCACCGCCUCGGGCACAGAUCAUCUUCAGCAUUCACCCGACAGAGAAGAGAGCGGUGGUGAUGCAGCGACAGAACUACCGCUGCGCCGGAUGUGGUCUCAGGAUAGAUCCAGCAUUCAUGAAGCGCUACCGUUACUGCGAGUACCUGGGCAAGUAUUUCUGCCAAUGUUGCCACACCAGCGAGACCUCGGUGAUCCCUGGCCGGGUCAUCGAGCGCUGGGACUUCUCGCGGUGCCCGGUGUCGCGGUUCUCCUUCACCUUGCUGGAGAAGAUGUGGACGGAGCCCCUAUUCCACAUCGACACAAUCCACCCGGGCCUUUACAAACGUGUGCGGUCGCUGGAGAACAUAAGACAGGGUCGCACACAGCUGCAUCAUCUCCACUCUUUGCUGGCUGUGUGCAAGAGAGAUGUUAAGUCAAGAGUGGUGUUAUGUUGACUCACAUCAAGUCUUUCGUGUCCUCGGCCAUCGCUCAUGUGGACGCUUGCCCGUUGUGCCAAGGCCUGGGCUUCAUCUGUGGUAUGUGCAAUGACCCCCAAGUCAUCUUCCCCUUCCAGCUGGCCACAGUGACCAGGUGUACAGUUUGCCAGUCGUGCUACCACAAACACUGCUUCAUCCCUGGCAAGUGUCCCAAGUGUAUACGCAUGGAGGCCAGACGGCAGCGACAGCAGGAACAGCUAUCCCCCGACAGCCCGGAGAGCGAGGACGGCCACAGCACCUCGACCUUGACCCCAGAGACAGACGUCACUGUGCACACGAGGUAAAGAGACAACGAUCAAGUCGUGAUGGACUGCCGGUCUGGAAUGACUUUACAUUACUACAAAAUUCACAGAAAUGACUGGACAUGUUUCAAACGCAGCGAGAGAACAAUCUGUGUCUUCGGUCACUCGGCCCACAGAACGGCACAAUGACCGCAGGACUGGUUUCUCACCCCGAACAGUUCGGAGUUCGGGAGACUGAAAGGCAGGAGCGAUAGUCAGGUCGUUUUAAAGACAGAAUUUGCAUUAUAUACUCUCGAACAACAUUCACAAAUAUCAUUAACAGAUGACAUUCUCUGAUAACAUACACCCACAACUUUCCCAGUUUACGUUCACAAUUUACAAUCUCAUUCAACAUUCUCAUACAACCUUCACAGUUUACAAUAACAUACAACAUUCACAUACAACAUUCACAGUUUACAAUAACAUACAACAUUCACAUACAACAUUCACAGUUUACAAUAACAUGCAACAUUCACAUACAACAUUCACAUUUUACAAUGUCAUACAACAUUCACAGUUUACAAUAACAUACAACAUUCACAGUUUAAUAGCAUACAACACAUUUUAUAAUACCAUACAACAUUCACAUUUUACAAUAACAUACAACAUUCACAUACAGCCUUCUCAGAUUUCCUUUGCAGAUAAUGCACACUCUCAAGAGCCCAUAUCAGACAUUAUGUUGAAACGUGCGAGGUUGUGAUGAACAACUUAUAUGUUGGACCGGUGUAUGAUGGUUAUGAGGAUCCGAAUCUGCCCACUGGUCAGUUUAAAUGAGAUCCAUAAACCGCUUUUUUUACCAUUUUUGUGAGUUGAUUUAUCUGAAACUGUGCACGCUCACUGCUUACCGAAUUCGUUGUUCGGGUUUGCAAAGAACUGUUUGUAUUGUUAACCUUUCAGGAAGAUGUUAGACCCUCAAAGUGUUUUGUGUCCGAUGGUUGUGUGGGUCUGUUUAAGUGAAGUGUACGAUUAUACAGACUGAGACAGGUAGAUAUGGUCUAUAGACUUGUGCAACUGUGAUUAGAGUGUUGGAAGUUAGUGAUAGGUGGAAUAUGUAGCACUGCAGAGAGAAAUGUGAGGCAGCGUGGUGAAACCAGUAGCUCAUCAAAAUAACGAAAUCGGAGAAACAGGUAUCUUUUCUUUCCGCCGGUUUGGAAAUUUUAAUUGAAUUUUUAGUUUUGGACUCACCCACUUUUAUGUUCAUGUAGAACAGAUUUCCAAAUGAAUUUUACCGAAAUACAUUGAUUAAAGGUACAAUAUAUGUCAUUUUUCAGUUUUCUAGUACUCUUUAGCUAUG